AUGCUGGAGCUGGCGGAGCAGCUCGUAAACCGCGACCGGAGGCUCGCCGUCACAUUCUGCCUCAUGAAGAUGCCUUUCCAGCAAACCUCACACGAUUUCAAGUCCUCCUCCGGCAGGAUCCGGUUCGUCGACCUCGAGCCCACCACCCUUGACCCCGACACCCCUCGCAGCAUCCGGUUCACCUCUUUCAUCGACGGCCACGCCCCGCAGAUCAAGGAAGCCGCCGCCUCCAACAACACGGCGCCGUCUUCCCGCCUCGCGGGCUUCGUCCUUGACAUGUUCUGCACCUCCUUCAUCAACGUGGCCAACGAGCUCGGCGCGCCUUCCUACGUCUUCUACACGUGCGGCGCCACGUGCCUCGCCUUCAUGCUCCACGUCCAGUCCCUCUUCGACAGGGGCGAGUUCGACCCGGCCGAGUUGAAGGACUCGGACGCCGAGCUGGCGAUUCCGGGUCUGCGGGACCCGCUCCAGGGGAAGCAACUCCCGUCGGUGGUGGUGGAGGCGGAUUGGCUUCCGACCGUCAUGCGCCACACGCGGAGGACGAGGGAAGCCAAGGGUAUUUUAGUCAAUACGUUCCACGAUUUCGAGUCCCAGGCGGUUGCUUCCCUGACGACCGGUCAAACCCCUCCUCUCUACACGGUGGGGCCCAUCAUUGACCUCAAGCUGAAGAAGGGAGAUACAGCUGGCGAAAAGGAGAUAGUUGAUUGGCUGGACCAGCAGCCGAAGUCGUCGGUGGUGUUCCUCUGCUUCGGGAGCUUGGCAAGCCUCGAUGAGGAACAGGUGAAGGAGAUCGCCGCCGCGUUGGAGGCCAGCGGGCGGAGGUUUUUAUGGUCCCUUAGGAAGCCGCCGCAGAAGGGCAAACCGGAGUUCUACCCGUCCGAAUACGACGACGUUAAGGAUGGGUUGCCCGAAGGGUUCCUUGACCGGACAGCUGGGCUCGGGAAGGUGAUCGGGUGGGCCCCGCAGACGAGGGUCCUGGCCCAUUCAUCGGUGGGCGGGUUCGUGUCGCAUUGUGGGUGGAACUCGACGCUGGAGAGCACGUGGUUCGGUGUUCCCGUUGCCACGUGGCCGAUGCAGGCGGAGCAGCAGCUGAAUGCGGUUAUGUUGGUGAAGGAGCUGGAGAUGGCGGUGGAGAUCAGGAUGAGCUACCGGAAGUUGAGCGGAGAGGUGGUUCCGGCGGAGGAGAUCGAGAGAGGGAUAAGGGGGUUAAUGGCGGCGGAGAAUGAGGGGAGGAGAAUUAAGGUCAAGGAGAUGAGUGACAAGUGUAGGAAGGCUGUGGAAGAAGACGGGUCAUCCUAUCACUUCGUUGGUCGCUUUAUUGAGGAUACACUUGCAACGGCGGCGGAGCUGGUCUUCGUGCCGUCGCCGGGCGCCGGCCACAUUUUCCCCAUGCUGGAGCUGGCCGAGCAGCUCGUGAGCCGCGACCCGAGGCUCUCCAUCGCCUUCUGCCUCAUGAAGAUGCCUUUCCAGAAAACAUCUAACUACGACUUCCAUCCCUCCGCCUCCGGCCGGAUCCGGUUCGUUGACCUCCAGCCCACGGCCGUUGACCCGGAAACCCCUCCCAGCGACGCCUUCGUCUCCUUCAUCGACGGCCACGCCCCGCAGAUCAAGGAAGCCGCCUCCUCCAGCAACAACACGGCGUCGUCGUCGUCUUCCCGCCUCGCGGGCUUCGUCCUCGACAUGUUCUGCACCUCCUUCAUCGACGUGGCCGACGAGCUCGGCGCGCCGUCCUACGUCUUCUACACGUGCGGCGCCACGUGCCUCGGCUUCAUGCUCCACGUCCAGUCCCUCUUCGACAGGGGCGAGUUCGACCCGGCCGAGUUGAAGGACUCGGACGCCGAGCUGGCGGUUCCGGGCCUGCGGGACCCGCUACCGGGGAAGCUCCUCCCGUCGGCGGUGGUGCAGCCGGACUGGCUGCCGGUUCUCAUGCGCCACACGAAGAGAACGAGAUUGUCCAAGGGUAUUUUAGUAAAUACGUUCCACGAUUUCGAGUCCAACGCCGUUGCUUCCCUGACGACCGGUCAAACCCCUCCUCUCUACACGGUGGGGCCCAUCAUCGACCUCAAGAUGAAGGGAGAUCGUACAGCUGGCGAAACGGAGAUCGUGGAUUGGCUGGACAAGCAGCCCGAGUCGUCGGUGGUGUUCCUCUGCUUCGGGAGCAUGGGAAGCUUCGAUGAGGAACAGGUGAAGGAGAUCGCCAUCGCGUUGGAAGCUAGCGGGCAGAGAUUUUUAUGGUCUCUUAGGAAGCCGCCGCAGAAGGGGAAACCGGAGUUCUUCCCGUCCGAAUACGACGACGUUAAGGAAGGGUUGCCCGAAGGGUUCCUGGACCGGACAGAUGGGCUCGGGAAGGUAAUUGGUUGGGCCCCGCAGACGAGGAUUUUGGCCCAUCCGUCGGUGGGCGGGUUCGUGUCGCACUGCGGGUGGAACUCGACGCUGGAGAGUACUUGGUUCGGUGUUCCGGUUGCCACGUGGCCGAUGCACGCGGAGCAGCAGCUGAAUGCGGUUAUGUUGGUGAAGGAGCUGGAGGUGGCGGUGGAGAUCAGGAUGAGCUACCGGAAGACGAGCGGAGAGGUUGUGCCGGCGGAGGAGAUUGAGAGAGGGAUAAGGGGUUUGAUGGCGGCGGAGAAUGAGGGGAGGAGAAUUAAGGCUAAGGAGAUGAGUGACAAGUGUCGGAAGGCGGUGGAAGACGGCGGGUCUUCUUACCACUCCAUUGGACGAUUCAUUGAGGAUGUGAUUACUGAUUAG